AUGUAUCCAGAUAUUGCUCAUAAUCAUGAUAAGCCUAUGGAAUGGUUGUGUGAACGUGCUAUACUCACUCCAAAAAAUAACCAAGUGGCGGCUAUCGAUGAUACACUGCUGAUGUCUUUUGAAAGGGAACUUAUUCUGCGCGUGGGCACACCUAUUAUGUUGUUGCAAAAUUUGAAACCACCUAAACUGUGCAACGGGACCAGGCUUAAAGUCAAAGCCUUACAUCGAGUAUCGCUUAUGGCAAUAUCUACACAGACAGGUGAAAUGAUGGGUGCUGCAUUGAAUAGCACAGUGUGCAGGAGUGACGAAAAAAAACAGUGCGGUGACGAGAACAAAAGUUCUAAGUUUAAUGAUAUAUUGGUUAUCUUAGACAAAGCUGGACGAGAAAUUGAUAUAUUUGGGAAGUAUCCAAAUGUAGAUCGUAUUAUGAAGAUAAAUAUUAUUACAGUCAAUGAGGUAUAUAGGGGACUUGGGGUUUGCAAAGCCCUCGUCAACAAGUCAAAGUAUGUUACACUUCAUGAUUUUUUUAUAAACAUAUCAAUAUUUCCAGGACAAUUGAUGUAUAAUUCUAGACAUCAAUAAUAUUAUUGUUGACUAAUCAUCCAUUUUCAGCAAUAGACAGAGACGAACUUACCAUUUUUACACCCCCAGGCAUCAGUGACGUAUUUAGGAUUAUAUCAAGAGGGGAUAUACGUGAACAAGAAUUUAAUUUCCAUAAAGGGAGGAGGUAGUUCACUUACCAUCGACAUCACAAUACUAUAAAUAAGAGAAAUAAGAGAACAAAAAGGAUCUAUCCCCUUACCCCUAUACCUCCCCCUAAAUACGUCACUGCCAGGCAUUACAACACUAACACCUCAAAAAAAMGGCAAUAUAUGUAUAUAUCCACUAGCAUAAGGUUAGGUUAUAUAAGGCUAUAAGG